CAGGGCAUUGACGUCAGAAACAGCCCAGACAGGAAUCAAUCGGUUCUAACCUCUGCUGUUAUUUUGGUAAACAAGAAGCUUUAAAGGCCCUCUUUUUGGGGCGAUUUUCACGAACGAUGACUGGUGGCUGGUGGCAGGAAUGAUGGGGCCCCCUGCCGUCGACCGUUCCAGCCUAUGCAGGGCCUGCCUUUCCGAGCACCCCUCAAUCUCACUGUUUAGGAAUGUUUUGGACGAAGACUCCAAAAGCUGCACAUUUGCUGAGACUUUAAUGCAGUUCACAUCUUUGCAAAUCCUGGCGAAUGACGGACUACCAGAAAACAUUUGCAACAAGUGCGAGACUCAGAUCAUAUCGUUUGUGGGGUUUAUUCGUACCUGCGAACUUUCACAUUCCAAAUUACUGGCGUGGCCCAGUGUUAAGGACGAGAAGAAUUUGGAAACUAUCAAAAAUGAAGCUGAAGAAAACAGUUGCGAGGCAAAAAAGGCCAAACCUAAGAAGGGCCGCUGCCUCAAAGCUCUGCAGUUCACCUGCGACACGUGCAGCAAAUCCUACAAGUUCCAGAAGAAUCUGGAUCGACACAAAUGCAUCAAGUUUGAGGCGGUUGAUAAAGGGUUGCCCAAGCGGAUGGGGCUGAGAGAGCGCAAAUCCAGUCUUGGAGACAACCAGAUAAAUGGGGGCUUAAAGAUGGAAGAAGAGGCUGCUGAGCAUGUAGAAAAUGGCAUUGAUGGGCCAGAGGAAGACGCUUUCGAGCAGGACAAUUCGUUUGAACCCGCCCAUCAAGGCACAUCAGACGACUCCGAUUUCGAAUCAGAGUACAAAUGCGAAAAAUGCAGCAAAACGUUCAAGUACAAAAGCCUGUUGGUUGACCAUCAGGAGCAGCACAAGACUGACCGGCCUUUUCUGUGCAAUAUUUGCGGAAAAGACUACAGCGACAAAUGCGGGCUGAGGAGCCAUUUAACCACCCACUCAGACGAUCGGCCUUAUAUGUGCAAGUAUUGCGGCUCGCGGUUUCGGACUCAGGGAGCGGUUCGCGUGCAUGUGAGGACCCAUACAGGGGAGCGGCCAUAUAAAUGCAGCCACUGUCCCAAGUCUUUUGCGCAGGCCGCAAAUCUGCAACAACAUGAACGAGUGCAUACUGGGGAAAAACCCUAUGAGUGCAAAAUCUGCGGAAAACGCUUCAAUCAUAGCGGUAAAUUGAAGAUUCACUUGCGAUCCCACAGCGGGGAGAAGCCUUUUGGUUGCCCCUAUUGCGAAAAAUGCUUUGCCAUGAAGGAGACCCUGAAGAAGCACAUUUGGACCCAUACAGGGCAGCGUCCAAGCAACUACAAGCCUAAACCACGGCCUGAUACUAGUCACAUUAUUCCCAGCCAUGAGUGCAGCAUUUGCCACAAAAUGUUCAAGUUUGCGGCCAAUCUCAAGGCGCACAUUCGACGGCACAAUAAGGAGAAGCCCUAUCUGUGCAGUUCCUGCGGGAAAUCGUUUUCCGAAAAGCAUGGGCUGACGGUGCAUUUGAAUACACAUACAGGUGAGAAGCCAUUUGCGUGUAUGAUGUGCGGGGCGCGGUUUACCGCGCCUACGGCCCUCAGAGUGCACGUGCGGCGCCAUACUGGCGAAAAGCCCUAUAAAUGCGACGUGUGCUCGAAGAGCUUCUUCCAGCCGAGCAAUCUGAUCAGUCACAAACGAUCUCACACUGGGGAAAAGCCCUAUGAAUGCAGUCUGUGCAACAAAAGGUUUUCCGCUAGUAACAAGCUCAAAAUCCACAUGAGGAUGCACAGUGGGGAGAAGCCCUAUCAUUGCCCCCAUUGCGAUGAGAGCUUCGCUCGGCGCGACGUUCUUACGUGCCAUUUGCGCAGACACACGGGCGAAAAACCCUACACGUGCAAAAUAUGCCAUCAAUCCUACUCGCAUAGUGGCACUUUGUAUACCCACAUUAAGACCCAGCAUAAGAUGAAGGGCCACGACUUGUCUGCCUUGGAGUUCUGAAUGUGGUAACGUUGCAUGCUUUUUAAAUUCGUAACCGUUCUUCGGUUUACAGUAUAUUCUAUGCAAAAUUGGCGUCAUUUUCGCGCUUCAAUCACACUGUACGUGUUGGUGGUUUUGUACUAUAAGGCCUAAAUGUGUUUGAUGUGAAACGUGUGUAUUCCAGACGAGUGUAUUUAAAAAUAUACGUUUUUAGAUUUAAA